CUUAUGGACAGUAAAUGUGUUUUUACGCAUACAGCAAGGAAGUGGAAUAAAUGUGAACACUAUGAGGGUCAAAGUCACCGAAGUGACCCGCAACAGGACUGUCACGUGGUGACGUUCAUUUCCGCCGUGCUGACGGUGCGUUCAUUGCGCAGCCCGUGACCACACACACACACACACACACCACCAUCACCAUCACCAUCAUCAUGAUGAUAACACGCGUGCGGUCCGCGGUCUCCAGCAUCAUCGGCGGCAUCAUGGCUUCGGGUUCCAGCGCGCACGAGAACCAUCCAGAUCUGCCGCUCCGGUUCCCGUACAGCAGGCCGGAUUUCCUCGCGCUGUCACCGGACGAGGUGGAGUGCUCCGCGGAUCACAUCUCCAGACCCAUCCUCAUCCUCAAGGAGAUGAAGCUUCCCUGGGCCGCCGGAUACGCGGAGGUGAUCAAUGCAGGUAAAAGUGCCCUAAAUGAGGACCAGGCGUGCUGUGAGGUGGUAGAGCUCAAGAAAAGACCCGCAGACCCAUCCAGCCCCAGCUACACGCCCACCAGGAGACGCUCCUCGCUGCCCAGCGCAGACAUCCUGGAGUGCAUCGACAGCACAGAGGUGAAGGAACAGAACUUCCACUACUGGGCUCUGUUUGACGGUCACGGCGGCUCCGGAGCCGCGGUUUUCGCAGCCAAGUUCCUCCACCUCCACAUCGAGGAGCAGCUGCAGGAGGUGCUGGAGAUCCUGCAGAACCCGUCUCUGCAGCCACCCACCUGUCUCGGCGAGGAGAACCCCAUCCACCAACUCCACCCGUCUGCCGGCUGCUCCCAGCGAGGCCUGUCACGGGCCGCGUCGCUCAGAGGGGCCGCCGGGGCCCCGGGGUCCCCUAAUACAAUGGCCCCGCGGUUCUUCAUGGAGAAGAAGAUCAAACAGGAGAGUCUGGUGGUGGGAGCAAUAGAGAAUGCCUUUAAGGAGAUGGACGCUCAUAUUUCUCGAGAGAGGAUGGUUUACUCUAUAUCUGGAGGGUGUACUGCUUUAGUGGUGGUGUAUUUACUUGGAAAACUGUAUGUGGCCAAUGCCGGUGACAGCAGGGCUCUGAUCAUCCGUGGAGGAGAGAUCAUUCCCAUGUCCAGCUCCUUCACUCCUGAAUCGGAGCGCCAGAGACUUCAGUUCCUGGCUCACCUGCAGCCGUCUCUGCUGGGAAACGAGUUCACACACUUGGAGUUUCCCAGAAGGGUCACGAAAAAAGAGCUCGGGAAGCGGAUGCUGUACCGAGACUUCACCAUGAACGGAUGGGCGUACAAAACAGUCCAGGAGGAAGAUCUGAAGUUUCCACUCAUAUACGGAGAAGGAAAAAAGGCUCAUGUUUUGGCCACCAUCGGCAUCACUCGAGGACUAGGCGAUCACGACCUGAAGGUUCACGAAUCAGACAUCGCUAUCAAACCAUUCCUCUCCUGCUCUCCAGAGGUGAAGAUCUAUAACCUCUCUCAGUUUGAGCACGGCGCCGAUGACGUCAUGAUCCUGGCUACAGAUGGACUCUGGGACGUGCUGUCCAAUCAGGAAGUGGCAGAGGCGGUAUCUGGUUUCCUUGGAAACUGUGACCCUGAUGACCAGCACAGGUACACAAUGGCAGCUCAAGACCUGGUGAUGAAGGCCAGAGGUGUCUUGAGGGACCGAGGCUGGAGAAUCGCUGGAGACCGGCUCGGCUCUGGAGAUGACAUCUCGGUCUUCAUAAUUCCCCUAAUGCAUGGCAUAAAACAGCCUCCGCCAAGCUGACCAAUCAGAAUGCAGGGCGCCAACCGAAUCGGACCGAAUCCGUCCCUGACCCAACAUUCAGAUGCUCAGACAGCGUCCUGCUGGAGUUUAUGGAUCCCGCUGUGCGUUUGAACUCAUUUACAAUACGAACACUUGCUUUUAAGAGUUAGAAGUCGACAAAUGCUGACUUUGAAGACCCACGUCAACGUUCCCUACCUCCGUGUGGGUUGGUGGGAUCAGUAUAUAAGUUAUAACUUUGCACAAUGACUAAAGUUGGGUCCGGUUCUUUGGAGUUCUCCAUGGACAGAUGCGCAGCAUCCGCAGUUUGUUUAUCCGCACACAUCUGGCAGCUAGGCGGAACCAACCAUGUUUGGCUUUUCCUUUCAGGAUAUUAAUUUAUCCUCUAAAUGUUUAGUUUGCGGUUUUCUUUUUUGCAUUCCCUGAGAAAAAUAAUCAAAGCAAUUCUUGCUAUUAUUUGUGCAUCCUGUUUUCAAACGACUGCAAGUUACUGUAAAUGAUAAUGUAUUUGUUUCCCCUGUGCUCUGUAAAUUUGCAAUAGGUACUAAGCUAAAUAAUGCCGAUCUGAUCUUCCAUUCAUCACGGUAAGAUUUUUGGGAUGAUGCAUUUUUAAGGAACAAUAAAUCUCGUAUCCGACAAAUAAGUCUUGUGUACGCUGACCAUUCCCUUUGAUUUCGAUACACACCGUCGUGAGUUAACACCUACCUGCAAUCUGUUCUCCGGAGCUUCUGAGGUUCGGUGAGGUCUGACUUACUACGAUACAUCAUGUUCACAGUGGCACCUUCCUCUUCUACAGCACAAACCCGCUGUGAGCAUUUGGAAAGGCUUUCAUACACACACACACACACUCCCCAAGAGAGUGGCCAUCUGGUCAGCACAACCGGAGUGUGACCAAAACAAGACUAAUUUGGCCAGAGAUUGUGUGUGUGUGUGUGUGUGUGUGUGUGUGUGGAUUGCUCGCUAACACACUUUAGCGUAGUCGUUUAUGUGGGUGGAUGGCGCUGCAAGGGCAUCACAUGCUUACUAAAGGAGCUUUCUGGGAAGUGCACACACACAUGCACUGCAAACAUGAUUCAUAAACUGUUUAUGUGGCUCCAUUAAUGCUGGCCCACAGAUUUUAAUAAAAACUCAUUGAAGAUAGAAUCUUUCUCAAAUAACAGUAAUAAUUACAUAUGUUUUCCCAAAUGAUGUACUCUCUAUGUAAAAAACAAAAAUACCAGACAGUUGUUAAAAUAAUAAAG